UGAAUGACUCAUACGAAAUUUCAGAUAGUUGCUUUUUAGGCCUAUAGUAUCUGAAUGUAUUGUGCAAGAAAGCAAGGAACUCACUCUGAAAUCAAGUGUUAACAAAAUUUUUAAACUUUCUAUUAUUUCUUAGAUAUGUAGAAUCAGUCAAGUGGUUUAGACUAAGUAUUAUAUUAUUUCUCUAAUUUAAAAACAUUAAUAUAAAAUCACCAUAGUAAGAAAUUUAAAAAUUCCCUCGGUUUUUUAAAAAUAUAAAAAUAAAAGUCUAAUAAUUUAUUAUGAUUUAAGUUAUUAUUCAGUAGCAUUAAUGGAUCAGACAUCAAGAAAGAAGCCUAGUUCCCCUUGGUCACAUCAAUCAAAAACAACACCAGCAAUAAUGCAAUCUAUUGACAAUCCAUCAUUAAUCCUAACAAGUAGAGAUGCCCGCCGCAAUUCAAACGCAUUUAAUAUUGUUCCUCCAGAUGUUACAUUGAGUAGUGGUUGUGAGUUCCAAUCACUUAAAUUAGUACCAAGUCUGGAUGAAAACAUGAUGCUCAAUAGUUUCCUGUUACUUGAUAAAGAUGAGAAAUUGCAGGUAUCAUCUGUUGAAGAGUUUUUGAGAGCCUUGCGCUGUCAAGAUCCCCUAACACGUGUUAAGGUUGUCUCUAUCUUUGGAAACACAGGCGAUGGCAAAUCCUACACUCUGAAUCAUACCCUCUUCAAUGGUGAAAAUGUCUUUCCUACUUCUAAUUCACAAGACUCUUGUACCCUGGGGGUGUGGGCUGCUUUUGACCCACAACUUAAAAUUAUUUGCUUGGACACUGAAGGACUUUUGGGAUCAACAAAGCACAGAAACCAGAGGACACGACUCUUACUAAAGGUGCUGGCGGUAUCAGACAUAGUGAUCUACAGAACACGGGCAGAGAGAUUGCAUGAAGACAUGUUCACAUUCUUAGGAUCAGCCUCACGUGCCUACACCCAUCACUUCCAGCAAGCCUUACAGGCUGUUGGCAAGAGAGGGGAGUUCGCUGUCCCUCUGUCUGCACUGGGACCGGCCGUCAUCAUAUUCCACGAGACUCGUAACACUUGCACAUUGAAUACAGGUCGUGAGAGCCCCGAAGAUGUGAUCCGGGCAAGGUUUGCCCAGUAUAACUUAGAGAUGGAUGCCUUCAGCUCAGUCCGUUAUAUCGGAACACAGACAGUCAACUUGCCCACCAACUUCAAGGACCUGCGGGCUGCCAUCACUAGGGAACUGGAGAACACCACAGUGCGUAGUCCCCGCAACCCACAGCUUGUCUUCUCCACACUCAAGGUGUUGAACGAAAAAUUCAGUGGACGUAUGAGUGAUGAGCAGACCUCACUGUUCCCUGACCAGUACUUCACCUGCUCUGUCGUGUGUCUGGCUUGUGACAGGCGCUGCAAUGGCAGUAUGGGUCAUCUCAACGAGAACUUGCCUCACAGCAACUCCUACAAGUGCAGAUUCCAGCAUCAGUUUGGGAACCGAAUGUACAUCUGUAAGGCCUGUCACGUGAAUGGCAAGGAGGUGAUCGUGGUCCCUGAAUACUAUUCUUCAAAUGAUGCGUCUUGGUUCGGCAUUGUCAAAUACGCUUGGUCAGGAUACGUGAUUGAGUGUCCCAACUGUGGAGAGAUAUACCGCAGCCGUCAAUUCUUGUAUGGUAACGCCCAGCCAGAGGCGCAUGCCGUUCGCACAGAAAUACAUCAUGUUUGGCCUGGGAGUAACUGCAGUGGACUGAGCUCCCAGAAUUCUGCCCAACGGGUGGUAGAUGGCGUCAGUUAUCUAUAUGACGGAGUCGUCACCAUCAGCUCUCAGCCAACCAAGGCCUUCACAUCAUUCUUAGCAGACCAGAUCGCUCCAAAGUACUGGAGGCCCAACAGCGAGAUACAGGACUGCAUAGUCUGUCACAAGGCAUUCUCUGCUACUGACACGAAGCACCACUGCCAAUCUGUCACAAGGCAUUCUCUGCUACUGACACGAAGCACCACUGCCGAGCGUGUGUGUGGUGAAGGAGUAUGUGAGGAUUGCUCCAACCAUAACCGUCCAGUUCCAGAAAAAGGGUGGGAGGUGCCUGUUAAAGUCUGUGACAAGUGUUAUAAAGCUGGAGGUGACGCUAGUUCGGAAUCCAGUUCCAGUCUUGGUGCGGACGAUGCAGAGGUGCGAGCGCGCAAGUACGGUGAGACUGCUGUAAAUGCUGUCAGCUCAGUUAUACAGUAUGUUGUGGAGUACCCUAAAGCUGUGAUCAAGGAUACUGUACGACCUACCUACUGGGUGCCUGACUUGGACAUCAAAGAGUGCUGUGUCUGUGGAGUGACGUUCGCCCCACCACGUCUCAAGCACCACCACUGCCGUGACUGUGGAGGUGGAGUAUGUUCCAAGUGCUCCCCCACCUUCCGCCCAGUGCCUCAUCGUGGCUGGCCCAACCCUGUUCGGGUCUGCAACAACUGUGCCAACAAAGAAUAACCCUCCGGCAUUCCAAACAGAUGGUUCUUCCCUAGUAACUUCUUCGUUUAUUCUAGUUUGGGAAAUUUUUACUAUUAGAACAAAUUGAAUUGUUUCCUACUAUUUUAUGUUUAUGUAGUGAAAUUAUAAUGUAAUUCACGAUGUAUUCUGUUGUAAUAUCACGCACAAUGUCUUUACUAUUAUGCGUAGCGGAAACCUCAUUAUUUAAAAAUAUUUUUUUAGCAGUGCCCAUUCCUACUAACAGAAGUGCCCAUGCCUAUUUGAAUUACUUGUAACUUUAGGGUUGUAUACUAUUUAAAAUUAUACUGAGUUGAAUUAUUAAAAAAAUUAAAGGAUCUACGGAAGAUGAUCCGCCAAUUGAGAGAUAGAUGAAAGGUUUCUCGCUGCAAGACAUUUUAUAAUGUAACAAUUAUUGAUUUGUAUUAUUCUAAGAUUUUUAGGUUUAGUAGACAAUUCCUUCAUGUUUUUAUCCUCAUCAGUCCAAUUACUUAUCUUAGUUUAUACUCUGUUACAUGAUGGUGAGCUGAGAAAUCCAGUACAGAAAUAAAUUUGUGAAGGAUUAA